CACUGUAUACUAAAGUGUUGCUAUUUUUGGUUCACUCGCGCUUCUUCUGGCGCGUGAGCUUCCUUCACUCCUCCGGAACGAAUCUCUCCGCCGGAUCCGUCGUCACGGCCGCCGGAGAAUAUUAGCAUGGCGACGAGUAUCCACAUCACGGCCCUAGACGGCGUUGUUAACGUGAACUCGCUCUUCACUCUCGCAGUCUUCAUCGGACUCGCUUGGAACCCUCGCGACCCGUCUAACAGCCUGGUGUCCGACCCUAACUGCAACCCGACAUCGCGAAUGGCGGAAGAUCUCGUUGCCUUCCAUGUCUACUCCUUCGCUUCGUUCCUCUUCUCCAGCCUCAUCGCUCUGGGUCUCAAGCAGGCCAUACGCCUCAACAUCACGGCGUCGUUUCACGUCCCGACAAGGCUCGAGCCCGUGGUCUACUACGUCAACAAGUCGGUUCUUCGGUUGGGCAUGCUGGUUUCGGGUGUGGGCUCGGUUUGUGGAUGUGGGUUUCUCAUGAUGGCUCUUGUUAAUGUCGUUCAGAUCAAGGUUGGAACUUUGGCCUGUGGAAGUGGACAUGCUUAUGCCGCCGUCAUACCUCUCCUGAUAUUGGUCCCUUCUGCUCUCUUGAUCUAUGCUUCUCUUGUCCUGUAUGCUUUUACUCGUUAGGUUACUGGGCAGAAGUUGUGUUUGUUGUAGUUUUAAACGUGGUUAUUCUGUUGUAAUUGGUAUUGGAAGACGAGGGUGAUGCGAGAAUGUUAUACGGGCGCGUCUAUUACUUGUGAUUCGGAUUAGAUUAUGAUGAAAUGGAAGUUUUUGGUGAUCAAUA